CCCGGCGCCCCGAGGCGAAGCCGGCGGCGGCGGGCGGCGCGGGGGAUGGGGGGAGCCGGCGGCCACCCCGCAGCUCCCGCCUGAGCCCGCCCGCUCCCCUCACACAAAGCCCCGCGCCGCGCGGCCAUGGAAGAGGAGCUGAAGUGCCCGGUGUGCGGUUCGCUCUUCCGGGAGCCCAUCAUCCUGCCCUGCUCGCACAAUGUCUGCCUGCCCUGCGCCCGCACCAUCGCCGUGCAGACCCCGGAGAGCGAGCAGCACCUGCCGCCCCUGCUCCACCCGCGGGGACCCCCGCCGCCCGCCGCAGCCGCCGCCGCCGCCCCGGGGCCGGGGCCGGGAGCCGCCGCGGGCUCCGCCGCCUGCCCGGACUCGGAGUGCGCGGCGGGCGGCGGCGGCGGCGGCGGCGGCGGGGACCACGCCGACAAGCUGAGCCUGCACAGCGAGACCGACAGCGGCUACGGCUCCUACACCCCCAGCCUGAAGUCCCCCAACGGCGUGCGGGUGCUGCCGCUGGUGCCGGCACCCCCGGGAGCGGCGGCGGCGGCGGCGGCUCCGAGGGGCGCCGGCCCCGCCAGCUCCUCCCUCACCUGCCCGCAGUGCCACCGGAGCGCUUCCCUGGACCAGCGCGGCCUCCGCGGCUUCCAGCGCAACCGCUUGCUGGAGGCCAUCGUGCAGCGCUACCAGCAGGGCCGCGCCGCCGCCGCCGCCGCCAAGUGCCAGCUCUGCGACCGCAGCCCGGCCGAGCCGGCCGCGGUGCUUUGCGAGCAGUGCGAGGUGCUGUACUGUGCCGCCUGCCAGCUCCGCUGCCACCCGGCCCGCGGGCCCUUCGCCAAGCACCGCCUGGUCCCGCCGCCCGGACAGCCGGGCGCCCCCGGCGGCGGCGAUGGCGGGAAAGGGGCGGGCGGCGGCGGCGGCCGGAAGGUACCGACGUGCGCCGAGCACGACCUGGAGAACUACAGCAUGUACUGCGUGAGCUGCCGCAGCCCCGUCUGCUACCAGUGCCUGGAGGAGGGCAAGCACGGCAAGCACGAGGUGAAGGCCCUGGGCGCCAUGUGGAAGCAGCACAAGGCACAGCUGUCUCAGGCUUUAAAUGGUGUUUCAGAUAAAGCAAAGGAAGCUAAAGAAUUUUUGGUUCAGCUGAAAAAUUUAUUGCAGCAGAUCCAGGAGAAUGGGUUGGAUUAUGAAGCCUGCCUUGUCGCUCAGUGUGAUGCCUUGGUUGAUGCGUUAACACGACAGAAGGCAAAACUGCUCACAAAGGUGACCAAAGAACGUGAGCACAAGCUGAAGGUUGUUUGGGACCAGAUAAAUCACUGUACACUGAAGCUACGCCAGUCAACAGGUCUUAUGGAGUACUGCCUAGAAGUUAUCAAAGAAAAUGAUCCCUCUGGGUUUUUACAGAUUUCGGAUGCUUUAAUCAAGCGUGUUCAGGUAUCUCAGGAACAGUGGGUCAAAGGAGCCUUGGAGCCAAAAGUGUCUGCUGAGUUUGACUUGACUCUGGAUAGCGAACCUUUACUGCAGUCGAUUCACCAGCUGGAUUUUAUUCAGAUGAAAUUUCCUUUUACAGUGCCACCCGUCCCAUUACUGCAGCUGGAGAAGUGCUGCACCAGAAACAACAGUGUGACGUUGGCCUGGAGGAUGCCGCCUUUGAGCCACAACCCGGUGGAGGGUUACAUCUUGGAACUUGAUGAUGGAGACGGUGGCCAAUUCCGAGAAGUAUAUGUUGGCAAGGAGACUCUCUGCACCAUCGAUGGCCUUCAUUUCAACAGUACCUAUAAUGCAAGAGUCAAAGCUUUCAACUCAUCGGGAGUUGGUCCUUACAGCAAGACAGUUAUUUUACAGACAUCAGAUGUGGCGUGGUUCACCUUCGACCCCUCCUCAGCUCACAGAGACAUAGUGCUGUCGAAUGACAACCAGACUGCUACCUGCAACAGCUACGAUGACCGGGUUGUUCUUGGCACAGCAGCCUUCUCCAAGGGCGUGCAUUACUGGGAACUGCACGUGGACCGGUAUGACAACCAUCCGGAUCCAGCCUUUGGUAUUGCCAGGAUUAAUGUCGUCAAGGACAUGAUGCUAGGCAAGGAUGACAAGGCAUGGGCCAUGUACGUUGACAACAACCGCAGCUGGUUCAUGCAUUGCAAUUCUCACACCAAUCGGACUGAAGGAGGAGUUUCCAAAGGUGCCACCGUUGGUGUUCUCCUGGAUCUGAACAAGCACAACCUGACCUUUUACAUAAAUGGGCAGCAGCAAGGGCCUCCAGCGUUUGAAAACGUCGAGGGUGUCUUCAUGCCUGCGUUGAGCCUCAAUCGAAACGUCCAGGUGACCUUGCACACGGGACUGGAGGUGCCACAAUGUGUAAAACAGCCCAAGUUACCCAACAACUAAGGAAGCCCCUGCCCGACCCUGUGCUGGAUUCUGUAAGCUUUCUCAGUGUGAUUUGGCACUUUUCAGUAAGUCAGUAAAAAAGCAUUCUCUUCCCUGACUUACAACAUGGCACAGCAUGUUGCUCACCGAAUAAUCUGCUGGUUACAGCUAGCACACUCCAUGUUUAAUUUAACAGCCAUAGCAAGCAUACCCACUGAAUUGGCACUCGAUUACAGAUGGGUACCUGAACAUAUCUACACUGCAUUGCAUACAUAUGUACACAUAUGUGCACGUGCACACACACGUACAUUUAUAAAGCAAAAGGUUAAAUGAGUGUAUUUUGGCUGGAUGGCUGGAUUUGCGCUUAAAAGAUAUUAGGGAUGCUGGAAAAAAUGGGUAAGACUAAGACUGAGGGACAACGGCUGUUGGAGCAAUUUACCAGUAGGUGAACUGCAUUCCCGUGAAGUCCUUAAAUCAAGAAAGCAUAUGUUUUGACAGCUGAAGUGGAGGCUGUGUGCUUAAGAAUUCCUGGUUGUCCAUUACAUGCCGGGGCUCAAAUGACCAUUAAUUAUUCUUUCUGGCUCUAGACUGCAGUAAGCUAUGGGAUAACGUUCCCCUAGAAUUCAGUGGCAGAACUUACCUCGUUGUCUUCAACGAGAAUAAGAUUGGUUUCCAAACACUGCCAUGUAGUAGUUGCGCUCAUUUUAGCUAACACCACGAUAUACGCAGAAUUCAGAUUCAAAAAGUAGAGAGAAAAAUAUCCUUGAUACAUUUUAGUAUUUGUUAUGUAGGUGUGAUUGUGGAGACUAUCACAUACAGAAGAUCCGAUUGUGGUUAUCAGCACAACUCUUGAAAAAUGGUGCAGGGGAGAUCCCUUUGAACUGAAUUGAUAAGAGAUUUAUUUAAAUAUGGUACAUGCAAAGUAUCCCCUGUAGAGAAAUGCUGCUUUCUAGCCUUGAUCCUGAUAAGCCCGGGGCCACUGUAGUUCCAAUGUAGCUUUGAGAUCAGAAGCCUUAAUUUUCUAUGAGACUAGUUUGAGCCAAUUAAUGUCGUGAUCCUAACGAAGCACUUGAGCGAGAGAGAUUUCAUAGCAUUUGUGUGAAAUUCGUCCCUAAGAAUUUUUCUGGGUUGGGACACAAAUCUUUUGCAAGGCUUACCUGUGUCUGGCAUCUCCCAUGAAAACAAGCAGCCGUUUCAGGAGCUGCCCAUGACAACAGGAGUCUGACUGACAGGGAACUUUCCCCACAGUCAUGGCACUGUCACCGGCUUGCUGUUGUCAGAAAACACAUUGAUUUGUGCGUGUGCUGCUUUUCCUCUGAACCCAGUUAACAUAUGCAAGCGUGUGUGUGUAUAGCGGCACUGCGUCAGGACAAGAUGCAGCAGACUGCGUGAGCCCAUGACACCUCGGACUCUGUCACUCUGAUCCUACGUUAAGUGUGGUGCUAUCAAACAAGAAAAGCAGAAACUCUUAAAUCCCAUCGAUGCACUACUUCCUUUUUUUAAAUCCUGCCGCUUAUACAAAUUUUCCUCUCCAAGCAUACGUAUACGCACACGCAUAUUGUUAUCAGACAUGUAAUUACUAAACCUGAAAACAAAUAUUCUAACCGAAAUCCAGCUUACUGCCUUGCAUUACACCACAGCCACAGGACAAACAGCCCAGGCCUGCUUUUGGGCAGCCUGCCAGCCCCCAAGCACCCUGCUGCGGGUCCGCUUCUGGUCUCUGGCCGGAGCACAUCACUCGGGUCGUGCUGAGUGAUGGCAAGGCUUCCCGGCAGCAGGGUGGCCAGCAUCUUCCCGGGGGUUGUCCCACCUUGCAGCCGUUGUGGGGAACGAAACAGACCCGGGCUAUUGCACAGACAAAAGGCAGUCUGCCUGUAACCAACCAAGCGUCCUGUUGCCCACCUCUCCUGCAGAACAGCAGUGCACCUUCAGUGAUGUCAGGACUGAAAUAGGAAAGAAAAGCAACAACGGGAAAAAAUGACAUAAACUUUUAAGUGGGAAAGCAACGGUACUUUCUUCAAAGUCUGGAAUGGAUUGUGUUAGUAAAGUUGUAGACAUUGGAAUAACUGUGCUAUGCUCAUCUUGGUUUCUUAAAGAAUAGCCGAGACCAACUGUGUUACAAUUUUCAGUUUCGUUUAAUACCAUAUGAACUCGUGCAGGAUUUUCUAAUUAGUGGGUCUGUUUUAACCUACCUCAGCUAGAAUGCUACCGGACCCCAAAUUUCCUCUUCAGUGUGCUCUUCUAUGAACCUAACAGUUGCAUAGCAUUGGCUUUGAGUGUUGCCAGUCAGAGCAGUGUAUGGGAAUACUGUACAUAAGUUGCACAUAGUUUUUUAUAUUGGGAAACAUCCCGUCAUAAUUUUAAUACAGAAGGCACUCCACUUUCCCUUGUAUUAAAAACAAAAGGGCAUUGUUUGUUUUGGGACUGAACCUUUGUCUUUACUCCCAACUUCUGUGAAGGGAACUCAAAUGAAUUUACAUCUUUCCAAUCUUCAACCAUUGCCAGAUGUUUAAAAUUAAUUCUGAAAGGGUUUUAGAAGUGUUUGCAGUACUUGGUUUUGGUUUUCAUAGUUGCUUUGGUAUCGGUUCCUGGUGUGUUAUACCUUGGGGAGAACACAGUGAGUGAUACAGGUUACUAAUUUCUAAUGGAAAUAUGGACAGUAGGUAGGGACAUGCUUCAGAGCUGUAGAGGAGCUUGUUUGUUAUCCUCUACACGUUCUAACAUUCACAUAAGUAGGGUACAGAUUAGCUACCAUUACAGUCUCCUUUUAACCUAGCGGAAACGCAAAUAAAAUAAAAAGAAUACAGUUACAAGUAGGUAACCUGCAUUAGUAAGACUAAUUUUGCCUGGGUCAAAACCUAAACAAAGUGGUUGUAUGUAUUGAUUGUGUACACAUUCAAGGACUUGGGUUUGGCACAGCUCAUAGCAAUAAACCAAUUACCCCAAUAGCAUGUAGUCUCAUGACUUCAGCUGGAUACAUUUUGGUAGUUUGAUUAACAGAAAUAAUGCUUAAGUAGUUAGAAUUACACUAGGAAACUAAUUACUCCACAUUUGAAUAUUUAUGCAGAGCAUCCAGAUGGCAGUGGCCAUCUGAACAUAGGAAGAGCAGAAUUUUCCCUUUGCAGAAGAGCAUCGGGUGGGGAGAAGUGGGGCACUUCCACCUCUCUGCUUAGGCUGGAAGUAGUUUGCUUCUCUGCAGGUAACUCCCCCCGAGGGCUGUCUCAUUAUAAACCCAGCAGUUCGCAGGUUCUUCAUCUACAGCAUCAUCUUUUAUGCCAGUUUUUGUUUCCUGCAAAGCCUUUCUUUAGGAGGGAGUCAGGCUUUAGUACUACGGUCCCUGCAGAAACUGCAUUGCUGACUGUCCGGGGAGAACGCAGGGGGCUGAAGGGUAGCACAGAUAACCCAGGGGGACCACUUUGGAUGCUCUUGCUUCCUUUUGAUUUCUUGGGGUAUUUGCGCAGCUCCCUGGGACUCCAAGCUCCUUCGGCACCUGGACCCGCAAGGAGCUGCCUUUCCUGGGACUCUUCUGCUCGUAGAGGCCAGGCUGCUCCUUACAAGCAGGAGAGCAGGGCCUUUUGCACUGGGAUGAAUCCCAUCCGCUAUGGUACAGAGCCCCCACAAGAUAGCUGUACAUUUAAACUUAAUGUUUAAAAAAACCCGCCCAAACAAGCAAGCCCUCCUCUAAUAAACAUGACAAAGCUUGACUUCUGAAUAUAUACCAAUUUGGAACCUCUGCACAGCUGCUAAAUAAACACAGCAGGCAAACUUUCCAUCCCGCAGAGCAACAAGGGACUCCUAGUUUUCAUCUCCCGCCGUGAACCCCAACCUUAGCCUUUGUGAACCUUCUUCCUGGCUCUUUCCUCUGCAAACUUCCCUGUUAAGUUUAGUGGGAACAAACAGAAGCAGCAUGCCAUCAGGAGCAUUGUCAGACUUCCCAAGGCGUGCAAUGCUACACAAUUUCCACACCCUUCUUUUCCCUCAUCAACUCAAAAAGAGCUCACAAGAAGAUCUCUUACUAAGAGUUAAUGUUAAUAUGAGCACAGGCCUAGCUGACAAUCCCUUACUACUUCUGCUGUGGAAAGGUAUGCGCUAUAAAAUAAAUGUCAGUGAGGACAGGAGCAUACUGUGAUGUAUCAUGAAUUUGGAAAGCAAUUUGGCUUCUAAAAACAUAAAAAGAUAGGCAAACAGCAUUGUCAUCUCCUAUACUUGCCUAUUCAGUUAAGAUACAUAGAGGAAAAUAUAUUGGACUGAAUAAAUUAAAUAAAAUUUAAAAAGCAUGAGCUUACCUAUAUCAGAGUUUAAGAGGAAAAUUAUUAAAUGUAAUUUAUUAUAUGCAUAAUGUUCCAUCGUGUUGUAAAUAAUGCCAUGAUAGUGUAUUGCCGUAGUUUGUUCUUGGCUGGUGAUUAAGAAUUCUGUCGUAGUGCUGCGUAAGCUUUUAUUUUUAUUUUGUUGGGGUUUUUUUCCAAAGUGUAGUUAGUAAAGAUGGCAGAGAGCACCCAAUACUCUGGUUUCCGAGUUGUUCUAGAGCAAGAAGAAAUGUGAGAUGCAGCUUUUUUUUUUUUUCCUUCUUUCUUACAUAAUAAUAUUUCUUAAAUGAGGUAAGAGAGAGAUGAGAUCCAAGGCUAAGCUGCCACUACCACCGUAUGAAAACCACUGUGCUUACGACUACCAACGAGAGGUGGUGCAUUUUUGGACCACAAUUCAGAUUACCUGUUCCUGUGAGAAGGGAUGGAAAGUACCAACAACCUGGUAACGGCAGCUUUCUGGUGCCAUCUCGUACAUCCUUUGCUCACAAACAGAAAGACGAGGAAAGAGAGUCGUUAGACCUAAUCUCAGGCCCUACCAGCUUUGCAGCAUUCUGCUUAAAUAGCAAAGUCAAGAAUUCAACUUUGAACCAGGCAAGGUAAGAUGAAAACCCUGAGCAUCUUGGCUAGAUCAACUUUGGAAGGGAGAUUACAGUUUCAAGCCCUUCAACAGGUUACAGUAACAAAUCAACUACAUUACAAAUGUAAAGGGCACUUGUCACUGAAAAUUACCAAACAAAGAUGGAGAGUCUUUUUUUUUUUUUUUUUUUUUUUUAAAAAGUGAGCUGCUUCUAGUUUUUACUGACAACAUUUCUGGCGAUUCCUCUGCCCAGCACUACUGAACGCUGCACAUACACAACCGGCUGGAGCAGCAGCCUGAAGCACAAAUCCAUCCCAAGUAAGACGCACCUGGUCUUCUUACACGCAGAAGCCCAUAUGCAAGUCACAGAGACUAGAUGUGCAGGGCUCCUGCAUCUUUGCACAAUACAGGAGACAGACGUGCGUUUUACUGACAGAGGCACUCGGCAGCAUUUUCCCCUUCUGUUAAGCGACGUUUUUGUUACGUUUGUUAUUGCAAACAUCCAAGCAGAAUUAAUUACAAAAUUAUUUUUUAUGCUAAUUGGAGGAUUUCUAACAUUUUCUUGUGAAGCAGUAGAUAGAAAUAUUCCUGGAUCCUGACUGCAUUCCUUCAUCCUCCACCUCCCUUAAAUGUUGUCAAUAAAAACACUAACCUUUCUAGGUAGCAUGGUGAGAAGACAUUACGUGAUGAAUAUUAAAAAUAAAUGCAUGAGGUAAACCUGCUGUUAUUUCUGAUUGUUAUAUGAAGCAUGAAUAACACUAAUUUAAAUGUUGGCAACCAAAAAAGUACAAAGGAGUAAGAUAAUGGUGUUCACUUCUGGUUAAACGAAAGAUGAGAUGUUGUUUCUCUGUUUUCUUCUUAACCACAGCAUUUUUUUUCUUUAUGGUCAUUUCCCAUAGCUUAUAUGAAUUUGGAGCUGGUGAAAUAUACAUCUCUGCUGUAUGUGUCUGUCACCAGAUCAAGAGGAAAAUACAAACUUUUUAUAAUUUUGUACCUGUAGCAAACGUUUGUAUUUUUUGAAUUGGAAACAAACUGCUUUUUGUCUUUUGGUCCGACUAAAACUUUGUGUAUUAUUAUUAUUAUUAUUAUUACCCUUUUGGAAAACCUGACAUAUGAGUUUAUGCUGUUUUACAGUUUCUAAAUAAAUUCUUAAAACAUUGCCAACA